GCAAGUCUCGCGCUGACUCCCGAGCCAGCCGCACGUGUUUUCCUCUGGGUGCCACUCUAAACCGUUCGCUGUCCGUUGGUUCAAUUUCUGGUGCAGCCAGCUUUAUUGUUACACAGAGAGUGCGAGUGAUUAUUGAGUCGGAUUGGCGCAGAAAGAAAAAGCGCAGUUUGUGAAUCGUCGACGAGGGUUUGCUUGUUUUGCUAUCAGAGUCGAAAGUGGGGUGAUUCGCAUUAAAACUUGUUUUGUGUACGAUUGAUAAAAUUCAGAACAGCGCACUGUGUACAGUGCAGAGCCAGGAAAAAUACUUUUUACAGUCUCUCGUGUAAAGUGUGAAGUGAAUAAAAAAACAACAUAAACGUCCCCUGCGAAAGGAUUCUAAUCAAUCGCGAGGCAGCGGAAUCGAAUCAGUGUUUCGGGCAAAACAGCAAAAGGUUAUUGACUCGAAGUACGCAAAUUUGACCACUUCAAACACACAAGCAGGCACUCCCCAUUGCACCCACAACCCUCCUGCAGUAAGAUGAUACUGAAACGGCAAUCGAAAGGUGGGACGAAACCGUCCCCCUCGAGAAACAGCCACAGUUCCGUCAGUUCUGCCCUGCAAACGAUUUGCGUUACCCAGACUGUGAUAGUGUCGCUAGUGCUAGCCGUGUUUCUCCUGCCAGCGGAAAUUUCCAGCCUCGAGAAUGGCCUGGCACGGACGCCACCAAUGGGUUGGCUGUCCUGGGAGCGGUUCCGCUGUAACACCGACUGCGAAGGCGACCCGGAAAAUUGCAUCAGCGAAAAUCUGUUUCGCACGAUGUCCGACCUGGUGGUGAGCGAGGGCUAUGCCGCCCUUGGCUACGAAUACAUCAACGUCGACGAUUGCUGGCUGGAAAAGUCACGUGGACCUCGCGGCGAACUGGUCGCCGAUCGGCGUCGAUUCCCCAGCGGUAUGAAGGCUCUGGCCGAUUACGUGCACGCCAAGGGGCUCAAGUUCGGCAUCUACGAAGAUUAUGGUAACUAUACCUGUGCCGGAUAUCCCGGUAUUCUGGGCUUUUCGCAGAACGAUGCCGCCCAGUUUGCCUCCUGGGAUGUGGACUACGUCAAGCUGGAUGGGUGCUACUCGCUGCCGAUCGAUAUGGAUCACGGUUAUCCGGAGUUUGGUCGAAACCUGAACGCCACCGGUCGCCCAAUGGUGUACUCUUGCAGCUGGCCUGUAUAUCAGAUCUACGCCGGAAUGAAUCCAAACUACUCGUCUAUCAUCCAACAUUGCAAUCUGUGGAGAAACUACGACGACAUCCAGGAUUCGUGGGCUUCGCUGGAAAGUAUCAUCGACUAUUACGGCAACAAUCAGGACGCGAUUAUCCCUAACGCGGGUCCUGGCCACUGGAACGAUCCCGAUAUGUUGAUCAUCGGUAACUUCGGGCUAAGUUACGAACAGUCCAAAACACAGAUGGCUCUGUGGGCCAUAAUGGCUGCCCCGCUGAUGAUGUCGGUGGAUUUGCGAACGAUCCGACCGGAGUUCAAAGCGAUCCUGCAGAACAAGAAGAUCAUUGCCGUGGAUCAGGAUCCACUGGGAAUCCAGGGCAGGCGGAUAUAUAAGCACAAGGGCAUCGAAAUCUGGUCGCGUCCGAUCACACCCAUUUACCAGACGUUCUACUCGUACGCCAUUGCGUUUGUGAACCGAAGAACCGACGGUACUCCCUCAGAUGUAGCCGUUACCCUGCGUGAGCUGGGCCUGAUCUCACCCACUGGAUACAGGGUUGAGGACCUAUACGAGGAAGUCGACUACGGAAUACUGAGCCCCCAGACCAAGAUCAAGGUCAAGGUGAACCCAUCGGGUGUUGUGAUCCUGCGCGCCGACGUUCAGCCGGAGCGAUUCUCCAAGAGACCGUACAACCCGAUCUUCUAUCGCUAUCCCAACUAGGUAAUAGGGGCCAACGCCUCGAAAGUCUACCAUUUCUAAGAAGAAAAGCCAGCCGCCGUGUGAUCCCACAUACGAUUAAUAGGAAAUGAAACAAGAAACACUACAACCUAGCGCCUAAGUCUAAACAGUCUGGCGAAGUGCUAUGAGCUCGCCAGUAUGAGAGCCUUCGUGGGUGGUAAUCUCUCCACGUAGGAAUGUAUCGGAUACGAUAUAUUAUGCGUUUUGAGGUUAUGCGUUUUGAAGGGUUUGCUAUACUAUAGAACAUGAUUAUUUGAAUAUAUCAGGAGGAAUCGCCUAAUGACGCACUGCUUAAAAUAUCGCCAAUACACCCCACAAAGAAUGCAUAGAGUGUUCAACAAUUGGCGAUGAUUUUAGUUGUUCAACAUUUGACGAAAACCCCUGUUAAAAUUUGCACAAAAUUAGAUAUUCAUCUUACAGACAAACCAAACAAACGCAUAAACUUAAACCGUUAUGAGUUGACUAAAAAAGUGUUUAUUUUAUACCGCGAAUAGAACCAAUACUAUACAAUAGGCGAUCGUGUGUAGAUAGCGACGUUAAUAGACAUUUAAUCGUAAUACAAUUUGUAUAUCUGAAUUGAAGCAAUUGUACAAAUAAUGAUUACCGGCUCGUUUUAGAGGGGCCACUUUACUGAUUCGUCUUUUCCCGAGCCUAAUUCGGUAGGCCAAUAACGAUAAGGAAUAAUCUCAGCUCGAAGAAAAAGAAGAAAAACUUGAAAAGCACCAAUCAGGAGUGAAAGCUUAAUAAUGAAAAUGUGCCAGCUUUUCCAGAAUAGACAAUGAAUUCCCUCUGGAAGCGGAUUGAUACGAUAAUUAUGAAUGACGAUGCUCCAAAGGGAAUUCAUUAACAUGGUGAUAUUUAUUAUACAAAACCCAACGCAGACUCACGUCUGUUAAUUUCACUUUCUGGUUUGCACAGAAAUACCUAAUACGCAGGCAGUGGAUUUGAAAAUGAUAGACAGGGAUAAUUAGUUUUAAUUUUUUUAUCUACCAACUCGCCAAAAUAACUUGAACAACAGACAUUCCACACUGUCAACCUUAGUCUUAGCUCACAAAUAAAACGAGAGCAGUUGAACUGAAAAAUACAAAUAAAGGUAGAAUCCAAAAAUAGGACCACGCUGAUGCAUUGCUUUUUUUGCGUUCAAUGUGAUACUUUAUGUACAUCAAUAAACUUUCACCAUCGCUAGAAGUUAUUUGGGCGGUUGACCAAAUUGCAGAAUAGCAACAAAAACGAGUGAACGGAAAUAUCAUUCUUAUCAACACCGGUUUACGGCUGGAAAACAUAACAUGACUACAAGCAAUACAAAUAUAAUCCGCAUAAGCAACAAGUGAAGAAAUCCAAACUCGGGUUUAUUCUGUUUAUGUAAUUUAUUUUUAUCCUAGUAGGUAAGCGACAUAAUAAAAAUUCAAAUAAACGUGGUAGUGAGAGCUAAA